AUGAAAAUGUGUCAAUGAAAAGGGGUCUUGACCAACUCAAUAUCAAGAUAGAGCGAUUGAACUAUGACAUUAAAAAAAUUCGUGUAUCCAGUGAGGAAUGGUUUAGUUCUCCGGCUACUACUACAGAGAGGGAAAAAGGCAUCCUUGUUAUGCAAAUUGGUACACAUAUGGUGUUUCCAUUUACAUUGACAAGUAGACGCAUAAGACAAGGGAAGUCAGGAAGAUUUGCACAUCCACCAUCAAACCAUGAAGAAGAGAAAUCUUUUCAAGAGUACUUUAUUCAAGAGUGCAUCGCCUUAAAAGAGAAUCUUGUCAUCCAUGAUACUAGCAAAACCCCAUUCUUAGAGACAAGAAAACCCGACUUUGUGUUUAUUCACCAUGAUCAAUACUUGGAUCCUUUGAAUGUUGUAAUUGUUGGGGAGAUAAGGAAAUGUGUGGGAAAUAAUUUUAAAAAAGCUGACAUAGGACAUUGCAUCUCCUUUGCUGAAAAGGCUCUUCAACUUCAACCGAGACGAACUUUUACGUAUGCAAUUUUGACAGAUUGUCAUGUGAUUAUAAUGUAUAAAGUGAGUAAGAAUGAAAAUGGUCGCUUCUCCUAUGCUUAUACAACAAUGGAAAAUUUACAAUACAAUGAAACAGAUCCACCUAUUGGUUGGAAACGUUUUGUUACUAUUUUAUCUCAACCACUAGAAACUCUUGGGUGGAUUGAAUCAAACCUCAUUUAUGGUGAUAAGAUUGUAGUAUUGAAGCAGUUACUUGGUGUUGGAAGAACUAGUGUUGUGUUCAAAGGUGAAUAUCUUAAUAAUGAAGUAGCUGUAAAAGUUAUGAAGAAUGAUAGUUAUCAAGCAUGCUUUGUAAGGGAGAUAAAUUUACUAAAAAAAAUAGCAUAUCUUAAAUCACCACAUCUUCCAAAACUCUGUUUACAUGACAACACUUCCAUUGUCAUUACUCCAGUAUGCAAUAAAAUUCAGAAUUUAGAAAAAGGGGAUAUCAAAGUAAUUAUAAAGACUCUUGAAGUCAUACACAAGGAAUUAAAAACCAUACAUCGGGAUUUAAGACCUAAGUACAAUUUACUUCGUGAUUGCUCUGGAAAAAUAGUGAUAUUUGAUUGGGGAUUCAGUGUUGAGAAUGGAGAAGAAACAUCAUUUGCAGGAGCCCUGGAAUGUUCAAAUGAUGAUAUCCUUAAGGCAUUGAUAAAUGACCAAAUUAUUACAUACACACCUAGUGUUGAUUUAGUUAGUUUGGUGAGAGGUUUUUACCUAAUGUUACAUAAACCAAAAAUCAAGAGGCAGUCUUUAGGUGCAAAACCUGAUCCUGAGAAAAUGCAACAGAUAGCACAAGAUUUACAGAUUUUCUGGACUAAUAAUGCAAAUUCAUCUUUAUGGACUAAUAUUUACCAAAAAGCAAUGCAAUUGGAUUAUGAUGGAUUAAUAUCAGCUUUGGAGGAAUUGUUUUAG